UUUUUCGUGAGAAAUUUAUUUACAUCUAUUGAUAAUUAUUAGAUAGAUUGGACAAAAUUAUCUUAUUCAUGUUGAUGUUGAAAGUAUUUUCUAGUAAUUAUUAUUGAUCGCAGAAUCACUCUAUUUUUUAUUUUAUUUGAAGUUAGGGUUUGGAUCUCAAGUAUCUUGUAGUUUUGUAAUUUUUUUUUGAUUAUUUUUACAAUUCACCUUUAAAAUUAAAGAAAUUAGGGUUUGGAUGUCGUCGGGGGAGGUUGUCGUCCCUGAUGAUAUAGCUGGGGAAAUACUCGUUAGGUUGGAUUUGAAGGAUUUGAUCCAAUGUAAGAGAGUUUGUAAAUCAUGGCGUUCUUUGGUCUCCACUUCUCGUUUCGUUGUAUCCCAUUCGAUGAAACGUAAUAAUAGUAAUAGCAAGAGGAGGAUCUGUGUCAAUGAGCAUCAUCUGAGAAAGCAACUUGUUGGUUCUUCCAAUGGCCUUGUUUGCUUCUUUACUCGCAAUGCUGACAUUAUAGUAGUUAAUCCCUUAACUAGAGAGCUGAAAAGUCUCGAAAACCCUCAUGAUGAAGUACUAGCUAUUCGUAACGACCUAUCGUUCCUUGGGGGUUUUGGUUACGAUUCAUCCUCAGAUGAUUACAAGGUCAUUUUAGGGAGACGGGAAUAUAAGGAGGAUUUGAUGCGUUUUCAUGUGCUUUCUUUCAAAUCAAAUGUUUGGAAAUUUGCUGGAGACUUAAAGUGUAGCUUCAUUCGCCUGUUGCCUAAUAAGGAAAAAGAUAGCUGUGGUAUCUUAUGCAAUGGGGCACUCCACUGGUUUGUGUUAGAUCAGCAUAAGAACCCGGCAAUUCUUUCUUUUGAUUUAUCCACAGAGCAAUUUAAAGAAAUCCCCCAACCUGAUGACACGAGUUAUAAGGAGCAUACAACUUCUACUAAUUACCGCUUGGGGAUGGUUGAAGAAAGGUUAUGCAUAUUUUGCGAUGACCAACUGCGCGGUGGUCCCAAAUGGGUAAUGAAAAGCCACAAUGGUAAACAGUGCUGGGACGUGCUUCCACAUCAAGCUCAGUGGGAUAAGGAUGUCACCCACCAGUUAAAAAUGCUGAAAUUUUACAAUAGAGUCGAGGAAUCUUUCUUUCAUGAAGGUAAACAACGUCUGUUCAACACUAAGGAAUACAUUAGUGCCCCUAUAUAUGUACAGAGCCUUGUAUCUCCUCAAGUUAAUGAAAGGCCAAAGAGUAUUGUAUCUCCAGAUGUUAAUGGGAGAUCAAUGAGUCAUGUAUCUCCACAUGAUAGUAGGGGACUGAAAAGAAAGAGGGAAACACAGCAAGAUGGUUAAUCAAGGGAGCUAUUGUCGGCCCUGCAUAGAGGGCGAGAGUGAAUUUGAUGCUGUUGAUAUGCUGAAGGAUUCAUGAGGAGAGCACAUGAUUGUUUGAAAAUCGAUUUCACAGGAGAGCACAUGAUUGUACGUGGGAUCAUAUUGGACCUUGUUUUAAACAUGUGUGUUUCUAUUAGGGAUCUAUCUACCUGUUAUAUCUAUUAUCUUGUGUUUUAUGGAUUUCAGUAUCCGUGUUGGAUAAUUUCUAAAAGUGUUCCAUAUUGAUACUUUGUAUGUUCUUAUAUAGUGUCCCAUGGUGAUGACAGUCCUUUAAGUUAUGUAUGUAUAUCAGUCUAUGUAUGGUCACUUUAAUUUUA